AUGGCUAUCAAGGCAACCUUCGUGGUCUUCACCACCCUUCUCUUCUUCUCUCUCAACCGAGCCCAACUAUCCCCUGAGACAAGCACUCCUCCAAGAGCUCUUGUGGCCCCUCUUUCCUUAGACCCCUCUACCUCCCAAGUUACCAUCCCUCUAGACAACGACUCCUAUGUUUUAGACCUUGGGGGAGCCAUACCUUGGUCCUUCUGCCAUGGCCUUUCUUCAGGUUUGCUCCUCUCAUGCCGUGCACGUGCUUGUUUGGCCGCAGAACAGCUCCCUGACGCUUGUGCCAGUCCGAUUGGGAGGCCGCCCCUACAUCAGUGCUAUCAGGCCAACUGUGUUGUUUGGCUACACAACCCUGUUGCAAACACUUGUGCCUCAUCAAAAUUGGCCCUGAAAACCGUCACCCUCACCCCGACUAAUGGACUUAACCCUACGGGUUCGGUGGUUUUCCCACAUUUCAUCUCCUCGUGCGUGCCACGUCGGCUUCUGGGUGGUCUAGCUAAGGGGGCAAAAGGCCUAGCCACACUAGGCCCUUCAGAGCUAGCCAUCCCCUCCCAACUCCAUGCUAGGUUCGGUCUAAGGCGUAAGUUUGCACUGUGCUUGCCUAGCACCCCUAGAGCACCGGGAGCGGCCUUCUUCGGCUCCGAGCCCUUCUAUUUAUUGCCCCCGCCCGGCAUUGAGGUAUCAAGGCGCCUUCUAUAUGUGCCCUUGAUGACAAAACCCGACGGGUAUUACAUCCAAGUCCAAGCCAUCACGAUCAGCCUCAAUGGUGUGAAUUUCAACUCCUCAUUGCUCUCACGCGGCACAAAGCUCAGCACCGUGCACCCUUACACCACCCUCGCAACGCCCAUCUACAAGGCCUUCGUGGAGACCUUCAAUGAGGCCACUGGCGGCAUCCCACGUGUGAGGGCUGUGGAACCCUUCGAUGUAUGCCUCAACACAAGCAAGCUCGGCUCCACACGUGUCGGGCUCCCGGUGGGGCCCAUAAACUUGGUCCUAGCCAAUGGGUUGAAUUGGGUCAUGGUUGGGGCCAACACCAUGAAGCAAGUGAGCAAUGAUGUGGCUUGCUUAGCUUUUGUGGAUGGUGGGAUGGAUGCCAAGAAUGCCAUACUGUUGGGCUCCUACCAAAUGCAAGAUAACUUCCUCUUGUUUGAUGUUGGAGCUUCAAAGCUUGGGUUCACCUCUUCCUUGUUGUUUCAACAAACCACUUGCUCUAACUUCAAUUUCACCUCAGCCUCACUGUAAAGGAAAGGAGAGACCUUCUUUGUCCAUAGAUAAAUGUGUGUAAAACCAUGUGGACUGUGUAAUAAGACCUAUGCACACAUAUAGGACUGUUUAGCCACCAAGUUUUCUUUUGUAUUAUUAUGUUUU